AAGAACAAACAUUGACGCGGAAACGCAGAGAACAAAGAGAGAGCUCUAAAGAAACGAAACCCUACCAAUGGCCGCGAUGUCCAUGGCCAGAACUGCAAUCUUCAAUCUAGCAAGAGCCUUCCCUCAGUCUCCAUCUUCAGUCUCUCUCAGGUGUUCUCGCAAGCUCUCCAGGAUCUCCUUCAGUUCUCAUGCUUCCAAACACUCCGAUGAGGUCGAUAAGAACCGAGACCCGCCGAGAGACUCGAGGGCCGACAUGGCGUACCAAUCCAAGGAGUCUAUGAACGAGACCGACAAGCCGCCACCGGAGCUCCCUGAAGAGGCAGAGAAAGCCAUAAGAGGGGCGAAGGAGAGAGCUGAGGAGAUGAAGGAGAAGGCCAAGGAGUCGACGCACGCCAUGAAGGACAAGACCAAGUCGUCCGCGGAGUCAGUGGCUGAGAGAGCCAAGGAGACCGCACACAGCGCCAAGGAGAAGACCAAGUCCACCGCAGAGACGGCUGCCGAGAAGGCGAGGGAAACGGCUCAGAGCACCAAGGAGAAGACCAAGGGGGCCACAGAGAAGGCCGCGGAGAAGGCUAGGGAAGGGAAGGACAUGGCGAAGGGCACGGCGGAGACUGUGGUGGAGAAGGCGAAGGCAGCGGAGGUGGUGCAGAACAUAGGGGAGAAGGCGAAGGAGACGGUGCAGGAGGCGUGGGGUAAGGCGAAGGAGACGACCCGGAAGAUCAAGGACACGGUUGUCAGGACCUCCUCCUCCUCAUCGGAAGACGAGGACGAUGACGAUGACAACGACGACGAUGACUUCAAGAGAAGGAAGAGGGCGGACGAGGGUGCGGUCAGAGUGAUUAAGGUCGAACAUGGCGAUGAUAAGAAGAAGAAGUAAGGAAGUGGUAACCCUAAUCGUCUUGUAUUAUGUGAUGAUGAAUUCGAUCUUCUGAUGUUUUUGAUAGACGUAUGAUGAACCUCUUGGGGGUGAGCGAAUAAAUUU